GCGCGGCGGCCGCCCCGGCCCGGGGCUCGGCGCUUUGUCCCUGUGCCCGCGGCGAGCCGGGGCUCCGUGUGCCAUGGAGCUGCCGUGGCUGGGCGAGCACUGCUCCGAGCGCACCUGCAAACAGCUGGAUUUCCUUCCUCUGAAAUGUGAUGCAUGUGGGGAAGUCUUCUGUAAAGAUCACAUCCGUUACGAUGACCACAAGUGCAGCUCUGCCUACAAGAAAAACGUGCAGGUCCCAGUGUGUCCCCUCUGUAACACUCCUAUCCCAGUGCAGAAGGGAGAAAUCCCAGAUAUUGUGGUUGGAGCCCACAUAGAUAAGGACUGCAAAUACAAUCCAGCACAGCAAAAGCAGAAGAUCUUCACAAACAAAUGCACCAAGCCAGGCUGCAAAAGAAAAGAGAUGAUGAAGGUGGUUUGUGAACAGUGUGGUGGCAGCUUCUGCAUAAAACAUCGGCAUCCUCUGGAUCACGACUGCAGAGGGGGCAGCCAGCCCAUCUCCAAGGCAGGGCAGACAUUCCUUGACUGUUCUGUGCAGUAGGACUGUGAGAUUUGUGUGACAGAUGCAGAUGAUUAAACUGGAUGGAAGAGUGAAAAUACAGAGUGCACAGAUGCUGAGCCUGCUUGUGUUUGU